AUGGCACUUUCAAUUGCAGAUGCCACCACCGUUACGGCAUCUAUCAAUGGAACUCUAUUCUGCACUGUCAAUGGUAGCCUUGGUGUGAAUGGCUCUGCGACACCCGUUUUCCCUAAUGCUUUGGUGCAGUUGCAAUGCGGCGGUGGUAAUACUGUCGUGGCUAGUGCAACUACAAAUUCUGCCGGGAUGUUUGCUAUCAACUUGAACUUCAACAUCUUGGGACCUUCCCCGGUUACUUUAGCCAAUCUAUUAGGCGGCCGUUGCCGACUACGUGUUGCAACACCUCUCGUCAGCUGUAAUUCAACCCUGCCACCAGGCAAUCUAGUUUCGGCACCCUUACGUUUGAUUGUAACUGCUAGCAAUGGACUUAUAAUCAUUUUCAGGUUUGGAACUACUGGGUUCACACUCACCGCUUCGAAUUAG